GUAAAUGGCCUGCCUGACUGUGAGACCGUGUGUGGAAGGGUUCUCUUUCUUUUUGUUUCUAUUUUUUUUCCCCCUCCCUUGAUGGAUCAGUGUUGAGACACAAGUACAAACCAUGUUAUACUCCCAGCACCCGCACGGGAAGUUCAUUUAAAAAAAAAAAAAAAAAGAUAUACAUACAACGGCACUUCCUCCGCCCCUCGCCCCCCAAAGGAAAAAAGGGCUCCAGCAUUUGUGUCAUCUGAUUGAGAAGUGCAUCCGUCCGCUUAUUUAUGUGUGUGUAUCUGCUUGUUUGUGUGUGUGUGUGUGGCUUUUUUUUUUUUGUGGGGGGGCCGGGGGRGGGGGGGGGUGGUGUGUGGGUUUGGUCAACCUUGUUCUUUGUCUCUCUGUGGUGUAUGUCCUUGUGUCUUUUUUUCUCUGAGUUGUGCAUUGGCUUUGGUUGCAGACAAAAGCCGUUCUGCGGUCUGCAGAGACAAAAAUGCUAGAGAGACGGAAUUCUGUGACACUGAGGCCUCGAUGGAUGGUAAAAAAGAUGAUCAAAACUCCAGCAACAGCAGCAAGAGGCAGUUGUUGAUCUUGCUCACCGUUGUGCCGAUUAUGGUGGUAAUUUUACUGGGGUCAGCAGUUGGGUAUGCUGUAUGGGACAAACGUCGAAGAAGCAAAUACGAACGUGAGCGCAGGGCAAAGUUGAUGCACAGACGUAUGACACAACACGGCGUGACAAUGGAAGCAAGACGAAAGGCUUAUGUCCAGACACUCUCUCGCAUAGAUGAGCAGCUGAAGGCAGAGCCAAGCGACAAGGAGCUCCUGCGACGGAGGGGUUCACUCGUUGAGGCCAUCAACUUGGUGGACAACAUCCUCGCCUGCUCUAUCAGUCCUUUCCUAUUGAGAAACGAGGGCACGUCCCCAGGACACGGACGUGCUGGUCGAUUCAGGUCAUUGCCACCUAUCCUAAUAACCGAAGGGAUACUACCCCAAGAGCCACGCCAUAGUUUGCCUGACAUACGAAACAUAGGGAAUGCACGGCGGGUUUCCUCCCCAGAUGCUAGACAUCCUCUUGCUCACGUAACGCCCAGUGGCGGCAAAGAACAUCAUGCUCCCUUCCCUGGGAGCAGUUCUGCAAAGGGGCAAACACCAUCUUCUUCUUCUCCUCCUCCGCCUCAUCCUCCUCAUCCUGCUGCCGCUGCUGCUGCUCGUGUUUCUUCCCCCCUUCCUUCCUCUUAUUCCAGAAAGGAGUCACGUGCUAGCAUCUCCCAGGGCUCGGUGCGAAGACCAUCAACUGAGGACGGAGUGGAUAGCGAACCAUCUCCCAUGGCACAGCGGAAGACCAGCUCCAUCAGAGACGUCGUUCCGUUGUAUGCCGGGCUACACCGACCUUCAGUUGCUGAUCCCUUGUACAUGUCCUUGCCAACCAUUAUGCCCCGCCAGCCAAGUUCUCGACAAGCUUCGAUCAUACCAAGCAUCGUGCUGCAAACUCCGUCGCUCAUGAAACGGAUGUCGCACGUGAUUGCCAGUAUUGACCGCACCUUGGUCCAGCCAGUUAACAAAGGAGCUGCCGUAGGGGGUUCCUUAAGUACCACCCAUUCUAUGUUUGAGAAUGCUGUUGCUCCUUCCUCACCGAACGCGCCACUUAACUCUAGCAACUCGCCAAGUAUGGAACACUCUUCUCAGCGUGUUGUUGAUGGUCGUCCUGGCACAUCAAGAUCUCCCAGCAACAACGAAUCGGCCCAAGGACCCUCCCCAACGUCCCGUGUUGGUCCCAAGACUCCAGCCAGAAUCUAGAAACUACUGAGAUGUAUUACUAUGGUCCCGUGUUGGUCCCAAGACUUCAGCAAGAUUCUGAACUCACUGCAGGUCUUUGUCGCGUGAGUGCAGUUUGCUGAAGAAUGAACUUGAACACCAAUGCAGCAAACCAAGCAGCUGUGGGUAGUAAAUGCCGACAACAAUGGCAGCAGCAGCAGUGUUAUUUCAUUUUCUCUAUUGAGGAUUCAUUCCCUGGUCGUGUUUUCAAGGCGGCCUGCUCAUGGAUGUCAUCCACAUUUUACCAUCUGGCCAUUGCCUUCACAGAUGUAGCACCAUCUCCUCCACAUCUCUUCGCUGUUGCAAUGUUGAUGAUAGCUUGAUUGAUUGAUGAAUGGAUCACCUGCUUGGUUGGUUGAUUGGUUGAUUGAUUGGUUGAUUGAUUGGUUGAUUGGUCGGCUCAUUUGCUGACUGCGUAAAACAAGCAGGUGAUCUCAGAAACUGACUAGUUAUUAGUUGAUCGAUAAAUCAGUCUAACAGCAGCAUCUAUCGCGUUAGACAACAAUCCGGGUGUGUCCUGGUUGGUGGCACUUGUAACAUUAGACAAGGCGUCAUCCACUUCCUUGCUGCUGUCACAGUGCUGUGUCUUUUUUCCCUUGUCUGUUUGACAUGGUUUUUGUCCGGUGAGGACUGUAGCGCCGCUCUACCUGUAAAGCUAGAUGAGCCACAAGCAGUGUCCUUCGCUGCUGUGUUUUUCGGAACUUUUUCCCCUUGUCUGAUCUGUGUCCCUUCUAAUCCACCCCCACCCCCCUGCGGUGGGUGGGAAAUCUGGUCAUAGACUCAUAAGUUAUAACCUUAGUGCUGCUGUCGGCAGGUGUAAUGUCGCACGCUACAGGGAAGAUCGUAGACAAUGCUCACGGCUUUGUCCGUCCCGUUAUGUUUGUCAACACUUCCAGCAUCACCACCACAUUCAACCAUUAAUCAACAUCAACUUCAUCG